CGGAAGCGGGGCCGGAAGCGGAAGUCCCGCCUCUCCCGCGCGCUCUCUUCGGCGGCUGCAGCAACGCGGAGCUAACGGGGCUGAUUUGAGGACCGUACCGGCGCCACCAUGAGCCUCCUCAACAAGCCCAAGAGCGAGAUGACCCCCGAGGAGUUGCAGAAGCGGGAGGAGGAGGAGUUCAACACGGGCCCGCUCUCCGUGCUCACGCAGUCGGUCAAGAACAACACGCAGGUGCUCAUCAACUGCCGCAACAACAAGAAGCUCCUGGGCCGCGUGAAGGCCUUCGACCGACACUGCAACAUGGUGCUGGAGAACGUGAAGGAGAUGUGGACCGAGGUCCCCAAGAGCGGCAAGGGGAAGAAGAAGUCCAAGCCCGUCAACAAGGACCGCUACAUCUCCAAGAUGUUCCUGCGUGGCGACUCGGUCAUCGUGGUCCUGCGGAACCCCCUCAUCGCCGGCAAGUAGACGGCACCUCCCCAUCCCUGAAGACCUGCCCUUGUGGAUGGAAUAGUAAAGUCCUUUUUUUAAAAAACAAAACAAAACAAAAAAAAACCUUGUGGCAUUGUUUUUUCCUGGGGUCUGGUGUGUGGGUGGGAAGGCAGCCCCUUGUGCACCUCCAGGCGCCACUCCCUUCCUCUCAGCUCCCGGAAAGGGAUGAGGUGGGACCGAGAGCACUUUUUUGCCCUCUCGUUGAUUUCUGUAUUUGCUCGAGUGUGUGUGUAACCCUUCUCUACCCCCUUUUUCUAGCUUACCGCUUUCCCUCUCCCUUCUCUCAAUAAAU